GGGUGACCAAUAUUAUUGGUUCCAAUAGAUUGGGUGACCAAUAUUAUUGGAUCCGAAUAUUAUUGGAUACCCAAUAGUAUUGUACAAUAUCUCCAAUAACGAUUGGUAUUGGUACAUGCCUAAUUCGAACGGGUCUGACUUCAAUCGAUGUCCGUGGUACAGUGGUUGCAAAGAAGGCUGUAAGCGGCUGGGAAUGAAAGAUUGCAUCACAAUAUGUAUGAAUAUUUGCGGAUGUCAAUAAUAACCAUAUAAAACUAUAGAACACACUCAGGUAUAAUUUUUCUUUGUAUUGCUAAUUUUUUAUUGUUCUUUUAACUUACAUGGAAUCUCAUCAAAACAGACAAAAAUGAUGUUAUGAGCCCAUCCCUGUUUCGUUUUUUGUACUGGCUGUUUUUAUUUUCUAUUUAUCAAUAAAUAAAGCGACAAGAACGCUUUGUUUUUUGUAUUUUGAUUAAAUUACAAAUUAUACUCUAUUGAUAUCUCGGUAAAGCAUGGGUGAGAUUACGUCGAACAAUGCGUAACAAAAGUAGUCAUUACAGUGAAGAGGACAGGGUUGGAGCUGAAAUCGAAUAUUGACUUUCUCACUAGGGAAAAAGAUGAAUCAAUAUUUUUGACAUUAGUGCAAUUAUAUAAAACAUUGAACGGAUGUAAACGAUGCAUAUCGAUACUCCAAGUACUAUUUGAAACAACUUACAUGUUCUUUUAUUUUUUGCUAUUGUUGUGGUUAUAUCCGACGGUGUAAGGUUGGUACGUAAUCCAUUCAAUAUCGGCUUUAGAUAUUCACGUGCUUCUGGUGUAAAACGAUAAAUGCGCUUACCAACUAAAUAUCGUAUAAUCAGUAAAUGUUCUAAUGACGGAAGAUCAGCAUUUACAAUUGCCGUUUCUUUGACGAAAUUCUUAUUGGAUAUAACCCAAUACAAAAAUCUUUCAUACAGACCUAGCAAUAAGAAACGACAUAAAAAGGAUAAUGUGUCUCAAAUGGAUGCACCGCACUUUGUUGAAUGUAUAGAAAAGAAUAGACGAUCUGUUAUGAAAUUCAGAAGAUAAAAUUUAACUGACCAUUCGAUGCUUUUUUAUCCGCUAUAUUUGCUAAAAUAUCAGGCCAUCUGUUACCGAUGGUUGGUACUAAUAUUGUCAAAGAUCGAUCUUUUAGUUGUUUGGAAUAAGUCAUUGUUGCUUUGUCAUGCUGGUAAACUCCAUUAAACGCAUUAAUAAUCAUCGUUUGGCAUGCAUUUGUUUUAACUGAUAACGGGUCAAAAAAUGCCAUAUCGUUCAGAGGCUUGUCUUCAUCUGACGAAAUAAAUUUCUGAAAAAAAGCGUUUAUUAUUCUUUUCAAGUCUUUUCAGGAAAUUUGAUCUUUGGAUGAAUAUAUCGAAGUUUUGUGGGUUUUUAUUGUCGAAAAAAUAUAAGUGGACUUCUGGAUCUGAUCAAAGUUUUUUAGAAACUUUCUGCCUUUGCGAGAAAUUUCAUUCAAAUUGUAAUGAUUUUUUUUCAACAUUCUUCUAUUAAAUAAAUUUUACACCAAAAUUAUGAACAACAAAGCAACUUAUCAUUUUCGAAACCUUUUAAUUACGUAAAAUUUAAGGUAAAGCCUAAAACUUUCUUCUAACGACGACUUACUGCCUCAUACACUUCCAAUAAACUUACCGACGACUUCUCCAGAGAAUCAGUCAACUUAGCAUCGGUCACGUCUUCAAUACAACCUGAAUGAAAAUCACCAUUAACUUUGUAUUACGCAUAUAUCAAGAUGUGUUUAUUCCAUUGCUUUAUCAUGAAUUAUGGGCAGAGUUUAGAAAAUCAUAUAAUGGAAUUGAUCAUAGCAAUGAACAUCAGAUAAAAAUAAAAUUUUACGAUUCAAAUUAUACUGAUCAACAAUCAAAUGAUAAAAUAUUACUAGUACCAAAUAUGGACACAUUAUACUGAUAAUUUAAAUUCACAAUGUCGAGUUUUAUCACCAUAUGAUGUUAUUCUAUUAACAAUUAAUAAUACUAAAUAUUUUGGGAUUAUUGUUUAUACAAGACAUACACGUACAAAAUCGAAAGAAACAGGAGCAACAACAGAAAAUGUGAGUGAUGAUAAAUGGACAAUUGUUCAACCUAGAAAAGGUGAUCAUAAUGUUGAUAAAGUAAUGAACAUUGUACGAUUAACACAUCGAACUACAACCAAACGUCAAAUUACAGCCAUUAUGAAUCUUUCUCAGUGGCCACAAUACAAAAGUUUACUUGCACCAACGCAAAAUGAUCUAUAUUAUCAACUGGCUGAACAGUUACCUGUAACUAUAGACCGUCCUGAUUUCAAUGAAGAACAGAGAAAAGCAAUUAAAGUUGCUGUUAAUAUGUUUGGUGAUAUACAAGAUCGACUUUUUAUACUGCAUGGUCCGCCUGGCACAGGAAAAAGUAAAACGAUUGCAGGCUUAGUGUACUUGUUCCGUCCACCGGAUGAUAAACAUCUUUGUGAUUACUUUUUGGAAUAUAUUGUUUUAACUGAAUUAUGUCAGAAAUUGAAACGUCGUGAAAAUUUUAAUCGAUGUACAAUUGAAAAACAAAUUGAAAAGAAACUAUUAAAAAAUGCGCAAAUAAUUAUAUCAACAUUAAAUUAUACUGCAUCAUCACGUUUAAGAUUAUUAAAUAAUAGUAAGACAGGUGUCUCAUUUAUUAUUGUUGAUGAAGCAUGUCAAGCAUUCGAAGAGUUGUUUCCUAAUGAACACUUUUAUGACAGUCAAUUAACUUAUGGUGGCGUACAUCAAUCUUAUCCGUUAAAACCGUUAUUCCAUGUUAAUAUUCAAGCAUUGAAUCAUAAACAUGAUGCUUUUAAAUCAGCUUACAAUGUCGUAGAAGCAAGAAUGUUAACAAGAGUUUGUCGGUUAAUAGUUUUAUGUUUAAGUGGAAAUAAUUAUAAAAGUUGGAGAUUCAAUUCAGAUGAUGAAAGAAUUAUUUCUACUCAACAACGUAUCGGUAUAAUCACACCUUAUAAGGGACAAGUACGAGAAAUAGAGAAACAAUUAAAAUUAGUUGGUAUUUAUCACACUGAAAUUGGUUCAGUUGAUAGUUUUCAAGGCAAACAAAAAGAUAUUAUAUUAAUAUCAACAGUACGAUGUAAAAAUACGGGCUUUUUAGACAUAUCAAAUCGUCUUAAUGUUAUGUUAACACGUGCCAAAUAUGGUGAAUACAUUUUUGGAAAUUUGACCCAUCUAAAACAAUAUGACCACUGGAAAGAACUAAUUGAUAAUGCUAUAGGACGGAAACUUUUGGUAGAUACUACGGAACCAUUUGAUGCAAUAAAAAUUUUUGAAAAUUUUGUUACGUAA